GUGGGCUGUGGUCUCCGACGACGCCCGCGCACCACCGUCAACAGGCGCCGACCGCUACCCCCGGCCGGACGAGGAUCCGCUUACUGCGCAGCCUCCGACGCCGCAUGGAGAUCGUGCGCUCCCACCGGCAGGUUGCCGCCGCAGCCGCCGGUGGCGGCGCGGGGGCCCUGCCGACCUACAAAGCGGCGCCGCAGCUCGAGGUGCGGCUGGAGGAGUUCGAGCUCUUCGCCAUCGACCGCCUCCGAGUUCUCAAGGGGAUUUCGGAUGGACUCUCACGGGGGAAGAGGCCGGAGGAGGUGGAGAAACUGGUCAAUGAAUUGUGGAAGACACACAUGGGGCACCAGGAUCCAGCAGAGACUUUGAAUAAGGAUAUAAUAUCACACUUUGUGCUCCGUCUUGUCUACUGCAGAACGGAAGAAUUGCGGAAGUGGUUUCUCUCCAUGGAGACUACACUUUUUCGGUAUCGCUUUCGGCUUGAGAACCCUGAAUCACAGAGGAUGCUUAUGACUGAGUUUCAACUGCCAUACAAAGCAUUGCCACACUCAGAAUUCGAGGCUGUGAAAGACAAGUUGAGCCAAGUUGCACGUUCCAUCGGUCAAUCUGCAAAUGUUGAUCAUGUGUUCUUCAAGGUACCUUUUGAACAAGUUCCUGAUCUUGUUGCCAGCCGCCGGGUAUUUCUUUCAAAAGGCUAUGCUUAUGUGGCGAUGAAUCAGGUGGUUUCGCUAGUGGUUACUCAAUUCCGCUGCAAUAUUUCAAAGGCACUUGCUUUAACAAACAGAAAAUGGUCAGCAACCAUUAAAGAACAAGAAAAGGACAGGUUGACUCCUAUUGUCGAAGCAUUAAGCAAUGCUUAUUUUGGACCCGAUUACUCCCAGCCAAAGGAUGCCGUUGACAUAUCUCUAAAGGAUAUUGACCAACUGGCUAAAAGUUCUUUCCCUCUUUGUAUGCGGCAUAUGCUUGAUAAGUUGAGAGAAAACCAUCAUCUGAAGCAUGGGGGUAGAUUGCAGUUUGGUCUUUUUCUUAAGGGUGCUGGACUAAAGUUGGAAGAUGCUCUUGCAUUUUGGAGGGCGGAAUUUUCUCAGAAGAUUGGUUCUGAGCGGUUCGACAAGGAAUAUGCCUAUAGCAUCAGACAUAAUUAUGGAAAAGAAGGAAAACGGACAGAUUACACUCCAUAUUCAUGCCAAAAUAUCAUAUCUGCAACACCUGGUGUUGGAGAUCACCAUGGAUGCCCGUUUCGACAUUUUGGCGAAGAAAAUUUGCGGGCAGCACUCAACAAAAUGGGCGUUGGUGGGCAUGCAUUGGAAGAGAUAAUAGAUAAAGUGAAGAACAGGCAUUACCAGCUAGCUUGCACAUUAACAUUUGAGACCACACACGGUGUCUCCUGUGAUUCUGGAAUCAACCAUCCAAACCAAUAUUUCAGUGAAAGCCAGAAAGUUCUGCGGGCCAAAAACCAGAAAAUGGAGAGCCAAUCAGCAACCUAAAUUGUAUUGCAGCUGGAGAAACUAUGCAUCUUCAAAAAUCUUACCAGCAGGUAAGCACUGAAGCAAUAUUCAUCCUUGAAGCCAAUUAUGUUAUCAUUACUGAUUGUUGACCAUUGGCGUCUACCUGGAAUAUUGUUGCUUCCUGCUGUUACCAAAUUCCAGCUGCUGGCUUGGCCUAAAAAGACCAGGCUCCAGCUGUUAGCUGCCAUGCCCUACCCAAGUGAUGGCACCACACUGUACACUAGAAGUAGAAGUGUUAUCUAGUGCUGCGAACAGCAGCAGGUCAAAUGCGUGUGUACAUGUAAUUCUCCGAAGAACCAAGAGUGAACAUUCUGAAUUUGAUGGGAUCAGCUGUGCUGUUAUGUUAUUGCCAAGAUCUUUGGGUAGAAUAGAGUUCUUUACUUCUGAUUAUGCCCAUGUAUUCUUUUUAAGUGACU